AUGGCACUGGCGAUUCUUCAGGACUGGUGUGGGUGGAUGGGUGUCAAUGCCCAGCGUUCACUGCUUAUCCUGGGCAUCCCUGAUGAUUGUGAGGAAGAAGAAUUCCAGGAGGCUGUGCAGGCUGCCCUCAGGCCCCUGGGCAGGUACCGAGUGCUUGGCAAGGUCUUCAGAAAGGAGAUUGGGGCAAAGGUCGCUUUGGUUGAAUUCGCUGACAAUUUGAACCAAAGUUUGAUCCCCCGACAAAUACCAAGUGAUAGGGGGCCCUGGACUGUGAUCUUUCUGCCUCAGGUCCCUGAUAUCGAGUUACAGGGUACAUUCAAUUUCCCUGCACAGGCUCAUGGGCAAGCUUUGCAAGGGGCUUCAGGUGGGGCAGGGGCUUCAGGUACAUCAGGGGCUGCAGUUGAGGAAGGAGAUGUAGAUGAGACAGGGACUGUGGGUGAGGCAGGAGGAGCAGCUGAGGAAGGCGCUGAGGAUGAGGCAAGAGUGUCAGAUGAGGAAGGAGCAGAGGGUGAGGAAGGAGGAGCAGGUGCAGCUCCCCCUGCCUCCUUCCUACAGGAGGAAGGAGCUGCAGCUGAGGCAAGAGUGUCAGACGAGGAAGAGACAGAGGGUGAGGAAGGAGGAGCAGGUGAGGCAGGAAGAGCAGCCGAGGAAGAAGCUGCAGCUGAGGCAAGAGCGUCAGACCAGGAAGGAGCAGAGGAUGAGGGAGGAGUUAUAUAUGAGGCAGGAGUAAUAGAUGAAGCAAGACUGUCAGAUGAGGGGGCUGUCAAUGAGGAAGAUGAUGUAGCUGAGGCAGGGGCUGCAAGAAUGUCUGAUGAGGAAGGAGCUGGAGGUGACAUGGGGGUUGCAGGUGUUAUAGGAGCUGUGGGUUGGGUAGGAGCUGCAGGUGAGGUAGGAGCUGCAGGAGAAGGAGGCGUUUUAGAGGCAGGAGCAGGUGAUGAUGGGUCUGCAGGUGAUGAUGGGUCUGCAGGUGAUGAUGGGUCUGCAGGUGAUGAGGAGUCUGUGGGUGAUGAAGGGUCUGGGAGUGAUGAGGGGUCUGCAGGGGAUGAAGGAUCUGUGGAUGGUGGAGGGGCUGUGGGUGAAGCAGGAGCUCUAGGUGAGGAUGAAGCAGGAGCUGUAGGUGAGGCAAGAAUGUCAGAUGAGGAGGGAGCUGCAGGUGACAUGGGAGUUGCAGGCAUUAUAGGAGCUGUGGGAUUGGCAGGAGCCGCAGGUGAGGCAGGAGGUUCAGGUGAGGAAGGGGCCUUUGAUGUGGCAGGAGGGGCACAUGGGGCUGGAGCCUGGACCCAGCAGUGGAGCCAAGCCCUGCAGCCCAUCCUGGAAAACAUGGCCUACCAGGAACUGAGACACUUCUCAGGGAUGGAAGAGCCUGGCUGUGGGGGUCAGUCUUUUGAGAGCUGGCUGGACCAUGCCAAUGACAUGCUAUACCUGUGGCGCCACAUAUCCGAGAGGGAGAGGCGGCGGCGGCUGGUGGAGAGCUUGGGGGGCCCUGCCCUGGAUCUCCUGUGUGAGCUUCUGGAAGAACAUCCAGAUACCCCUGCACAGGACUGCCUGGCUGCACUGGUGCAGGUGUUUGGCAACAAGGAUACCGUGAUGACCGCACGGCUGAAGUUCCUGACUUGCUCCCAGCGGCCUCAGGAGACCCUCUUUGCCUAUGUGAUGCGCCUGGAAGGUCUGCUGCAGAUGGCCCUAGAGAAGGGGGCCAUCCAGCCUGCAAUGGUGGAUCAGGCGAGGGUACGGCAGGUGCUGAUGCGGGCCCGGCCCAACCAGAUGCUGCAGAACAACCUGAGGAGGAUGCGGCUGGAGAGGCGGCCACCUGGCUUUGUGGGGCUGCUCAGGCUUGUCCGGGAGACUGAGGCGUGGGAGGCAGCUCUGGCUGAAAAUGCGGUGGUCCCAGUGGGGGAAGGGGUGGAAGUGCAUGGUAGAGAGCUGGAUGUGGCCCAGGCUGCCCUUGUCAGUGUUGGGGGUACUGAGCCUGCCCCCGCUGUUAGAGAGGCUCUACUAGCUGGUGAAGAUGCUGGCCAGGCUGCUGCUGCUGUUCUUGAGCAAGCUGCUGGGGCUGCUCCUGAUAGUGAUGGUGCCAUAAAGGCAGGCCCUGACUCUGAUGAGGCCAAGGUCUUCCCUGUCACCCAGAGAGAUGAAAAUGUGUUGGCGCCUGCUGGCUCAGGCCAGGCAAGGCCCACUGUGGCUCCUUAGGUCCUCACUCCAGCCAAGGCUCUGCUCAGUCCUCUCCUGCCCUGUGUCAUGAUCUCCAGGUCUGCUUUCUUGAUAUAAACCCAGGCCAGGUGCUUGUUCUCCAGAAGACAGGCAUGUUCCUACCUGAGUAGGUCCUCCCCAGACACCUCAAGCACAGCACCAGGAGCCAGUGGGAAGGAAAAAGGAUUGGGAGGGUGGAAUUGUUGUUCUUCUCUUGACUGACUUUGACCUGAGAUGGGCAGGAAGACUGGAACCAGUAAUGGAUGGGGCUUGUGGAUCUUGCUGUGUGAUAUUCUACUUGUCAUUUGUGACUCUAUCUCCUUGGUUGCUAGGGUAGGGUGUUCCUUGCUGUACUUCCCAGUGUCCUAUGACUAUCCUGUACCAGAAUAAUGCACAGCCACCCCACAGUGGGUUAUUCCCUGAAAUGGUUCCUCCAAGAAUGAGGACAUUGCCAGAAGCCAUUGUCCUGGACGGAAGCCUAUCUGGGGCCCUAGGAAAGAGAAAAUGUGAGUAAUGAUCUCCAGAAUGGGGGUGGGGGGUGUGAAUAAGGUUCUCUCUGGAGAAGUACCAGAAAGAGAAGAUC